AUGAGUGUUUGUGCACGCAGGAUUGUCAAUGGCAAAUCUGAGGAGCAUUUUCUUGGCUGCAUUAGUCUUGAGUCUACAUGUGCAGAAGUGAUAGCUAAAAAGGCAAAAGAAUUCAUGGAAGUAAAGGGUGUUGAUUGGAGAAAGAUGAGAGGUCAAGGUCAGGAUAUCCCUUCAACCAUUGAUCAGCACAUUCGAGCACAUCCACCAAGAAACAGGUGA